AUGUUCGGCUCACUCACUCCGCUGAUCCUAGGCAUCAGUGGCCUCAAGUCGAGUACGGGCAUCGUCUUCCAUCAAGCUUCAAAACAUGCAGCAUAUUCACCGUCACUGACGGUGCUGCUCUGCGAAAGCAUCAAGAUUGUGGCUUCCUUCCUCCUCCUCACACGCGCACUUCACCGACAGAGGAAUCAGCUGCAUCCGUCGAAGCAGGCUAGUAACACCAGUUCCACCGGAUACACUCGGUUGCAGGCCGAGGACUUUGAGGUGCAAGACACAGCAUACGAUGGUGGCUUCGUUAACGCCAACAAAGAGGCAUCUGCAUCGAUGCUCGAGCGUGGAGACGACCGCGACAUUGCUUUUCACCAGACACUCCUGCAGCUGGUACGCUCUCAAGUCUUUCAGAUCCAAGGAUUUAGGCUGAUCGUACCAGCACUCAUCUAUGUGGUCCAGAACAACCUUUACCUGUACGCUGCCUCCGAACUUGAUCCCGCCUUCUUCCAAGCACUCUGGCAGAUGCGCAUCCUGAUGAGCGCGACGCUCAGCUGGGCGGUCCUCAAGAAGCGCAUCCUGCCCGUCCAGUGGCUCUGCAUUCUCGGCAUCUUUGUAGGUGUCAUGCUUGUUAAGACAGCUACGAUGCCCUCAUCGAGCGCAAGUCUCGCACCAGGUGGUUCAAGCAAGACUUUGACCGCAUCGCUUGCCCUCUGUGCAGCGGCAGCACUGAGUUCGACAGCAGGCGUCAUCCUCGAGUUUAUCUUCCGCGAUCGCAGCGUCAAUCUUUGGGCUUCCAACGUUCAGCUCUCGUGCUUCUCCAUCCUACCAGCUGCAUGCAUCGUGUUUUUCCGCGACGCCUCGCACCUGGGCCCUGUAUUGCACGAUCUGCACACCAGUCCUUGGCCGAUGGGGGUCGUUUUCUGCCAGUCCUUCAACGGUAUGAUGAUCGCCAUCCUGCUCAAGAAGGCAGGUGUUAUCAUCAACGACUUCACUUCCGCCGUCUCGAUCGUCUUGACGUUUGCACUCAACGAGAUGCUGUUUCCUGCGUCGAGCAAGAUCGACAGCGUCAUGGACGUGGCGCUCGUGGUCGCUGGUAGCGCUGUCAUCCUCGGUUGCAGCACGCUGUAUCACAGACAUCUGCCUAAAGAACCCAAAGCUGAUCAGGUGUUCGCGCCGGUAGACACCCGGCAAAAUGCGCUCCACCUCAAUCUUGAUGCGGAAAACACAUCGUACAGCGCAUCUGUUUCCUCGUCAUCAACAUCAUCACCUACACCCUCUUCGAUUGCAACACCAUUGCCCCGAUCUCCGAUGGGCCACUACUUCAACCUGAGCACCGACGAUCUUCGGAAAGGCACCAAGCCAGGCGAUGUAUCAGCGGAUCUUCUCGAACUGCAACAGUUCAAUCCGCACAAGUGUGCUCCCUGA